AUGACACUCGCAAAUGAUGUCCCUGUCCCUGUCCCUCCCCGCGCAUGGCAUCCAGAGGGGCACGUUUCGAGAAGCGUGUACACCAUUUUCAAAUUGGUGAGUGCCUCUCUCCAACUUCAGGUCGCUUAUGUUGGAGUAAAAUCCGAUUCUCUCAACUCUACUUCCAGCUACGUUUUCAUGCUCGCUGGAGGAGCAGUGCCUUGGAAAAGUGCAAAACACGGGGAAGUUGCAAUGUCUACAAUGCAGGCUGAAUAUGUAGCUUGCUAUGAAGCCACUUCACAAGUUGUGUGGUUGAAGAACUUCAUAUCUAGCAUAAAUGUUGUCAAAUCGAUUGCUAGGCCCAUUCAGUUAUGGUGCGAUAACAAAGCUGCUGUUUUCCAUGCUCGAAACAACAAAAGGUCUAAUGGAACUAGGCAUUUGGAUCUCAAGUAUAAGAUGAUUCGCAAGGAAGUCAUGAAGCAGCAAGUUAAAAUUGAUUACAUUGAUACUAAGUCAAUAUAUGUUCAUCCAGUUUUGAAUAAGGGAUGCCCAGUUGUCAUUGGAGGAGAUCAUAUUACAAAGGAAUCAGGAACGGGACUGGUCCAUACAGCUCCUGGACAUGGUCUGGAGGAUUAUGUCUCUGGCCAGAAGUACCAACUACCCAUGCUUUCUCCUGUAAAUGAUGAUGGAAAGUUCACUGAAGAAGCUGGAAAGUUUUGUGGGCUUGAUGUACUUGCGGAUGGUAAUAUUGCGGUUGUGAAAUACUUGGAUGAACAUUUAUCAAUUAUCAUGGAAGAAUCCUACCAACAUAAGUAUCCAUAUGAUUGGAGACCAAAAAAGCCCACAAUAUUUAGGGCAACUGAGCAAUGGUUUGAUUCAGUAGAAGGGUUUCGCGAGGCUGUUAUGGAUGCAAUUGGUCACGUAAUUGGCCAUGCAAUAGGUCUGGAUUUACAUUUUGUUCAGGCAGAAAACAGAAUAUGUGCAUUGACUUCUAGCCGCUCUGAUUGCUGUAUAUCACGGCAGGGAACAUGGAGUGUUCUAAUUCCAGUCUUUUAUCCUGUGGGGUCAAAGGAAACUCUUGAUGAAUGAAGAGACUAUUGAGCAUAUCAAGUGGAAGAGCCAGUUAGAUACACACUUCCUCUUUC